UGAUAGCCCCACUCCUCUCCUACAACAAAAUUUCAAAAAUCAAACCCUGAAGAUUUUCGAUGGAUCCCUAAAAUGUCGUGGUUAGCUCGUUCGCUGGCUACCUCGUUUCGUCUCGACGAAGACGACAACGUAUGGGCUUCUUCAAGUGAUGAAGGAAUUGAAAACGACAUCGUAACGCACGGGUCUCAAUCACCGUCUCCUACGAGGCCCAAGAUUCAAAGCGGAGAAGCCAAUGCGGAACAACAAUCGUUGUCCCCUGAACAAGUAACGAAACUCCAAUCGCGUGGCGUCAAAGAAGAUCUAACCGAACUCAAACAAACCCUAACCCGCCAACUUUGGGGAGUCGCUUCCUUUCUCGCGCCACCGCCUCCUCGUACUCAAUUCAAUCGCCAAUCAAAUGAUCGAUCGUUCUCGGAUUCGAAUCAACCUGAGCCGUCGGAUCGGUCUGUCUGCAGGGACGGAGAGGAUCUAUCAGACUCCGAGGCGGUGGCGGGUAUUAGGGACGAUUUUGCUGAGAUCGGAGUGAAGUUGUCGAAGAUGGCAUCGGAUUAUUUUUCGUUUGGAUCUGGGCAAAAUGAAGAAGAAAACGAUAUGGAAAACGAAAGUGACAACGCGGAGGAGGAGGAUCAGGAGCUGAAUGCGGUCGGGAUAACGGAUGAGGUUUUGGCAUUUGCGAGGAACAUCGCGCAUCACCCUGAAACGUGGUUGGAUUUCCCUCUUGACCCCGAGGAGGACUUGGAUGAUUUUGACAUGUCAGUCUCUCAACGAGACCAUGCUAUGGCUAUUGAGCAUCUUGCUCCAAGACUAGCAGCUCUGAGAAUUGAACUUAGUCCUUGCCAUAUGAGUGACAGUUACUUCUGGAAAGUUUAUUUUGUUCUUCUGCAUCCCAGACUUAACAAGAAAGAUACAGAGUUGCUGGCUACACCUCAGGUGGUGGAAGCCCGGGCAUUGUGGAUGAAGGAGCUUCGAAAGCAAACAAAGCCUGAAUCUGAUUGGUAUGGGAGAACUUCUCUUGGAGACAACUGUGGAACCAUGCACGAUGAUGUUAUUUCUUCCUCGUGUAGUUAUUUUCAUGUUGAGACCAUGUCACCUAGGACUUAUGUUUCUGAACCUGCAUCUUGCAUUACAACGGAUUUCGAGAUUGAGAAUCAUCCAGUUGAAAGUAUUGACAUGCCAUUUGUAGACAAGCCUGUUAUUGUGGAAAAAACAGGGUUUACGAUUGAGGAUAAGGAGUACGAGGUUUGCCCAUCCUCAAAAACAUCGGUUCCAAAAUUUGAAGACGAUGAGAUCGAUUGGCCAGAAGAUGAUGAGUCUGAAUUCGGUGGUUAUCGUGGAGCUGAAAUAUGUGUGGAGAAUGAAGAAGAUUUUUCUUUCAGUGAUCUUGAGGAUGUCGAUGAUUAUAGUUUCAAAAGGAUUUGAAAAUUCUACAACAGAAGUCCUGUGAUUGGAUUCAUCUUCAGCUUGGCAUGAGCUCUGCUCGUUGGACCAAACCGAAAGGCCAUUUAGGUUGAUGUAAAACCUGAGAUCGCCAACACUGAACACCAUGGAUACUUGGAUGUUUGUUGGAGCUUGGUUGCAUAUAGCUAGUGAUCAGUCAAGUUUUAAUGGAGUGAUGAUCGCCGUGCAAGGAUUGUAACUGUAAGAAUAUAAGUGAAUUUCCAAGGUGGGAAAAGCCGGUGUGUGAAAAGGUUGAUCAUCUGAGCCGAUAGAAAGUGAACAAGGAGUUCAAGUUGAAAUGAGAAUAGAUGAAUUUCGAACAA